AUGGCUGGGUUUUUGGGUAUGCCUCAGUCUGGAGGUUGGAGGGUGGUGUUCCAUUUUGAUUCUGCUUCGGCUGCUCUGAGGCAAGUGAAGGUGAGGGCACUGUUGGCUCGGCGUCAGGCACGCAUGGAUAGGGAUGUUCAGGAAGGCAGCGGCGACGCUGUUGAUUGUGUCGUGUGUGCUGAGCAUCCUGGGAGGUAUUUCGCCAAGGUUGUGCAUAAGGCGAUGAAGGGUUUAGGGACAGAUGAUAGUACACUUCUGAGGGUGAUUGUUUCGAGGGCGGAGAUUGAUUUGCAGUAUAUAAAGGCCGAGUACCAAAAUAAGUAUGGAAAGAGUUUGGGUGAUGCUGUUCGUUCUGAGACUUCUGGGAAUUACAGGGAUUUGCUUCUGGCUCUUAUAGGCCCCAGUCAUUAG